GCAGUAGCCACUCCUAUGAUUAAGGUUAAAUUUAAAUUUGAAAAAUUAUGAUUUCCAUUAUUUUAUUUCAUAGAUUAGUUUAUCUUUGUUUACUCUGACCCCAGAGACAAAUAAUGGAAAUGAAGCUCUAAACUGUGGUUAUAUCACAAAAUUUUUGCAAAAUGGUGUUGAAAUUGUAUUUGGAUAUGCUCUCACAGCCUGGCAGAGCAUUGUAUAUUUUUCUUAAAGUUACCAAAACGCCAUUUGAGGCUUGUGCAGUGAGCUUAUUGAAAGGAGAACAUUUGUCCAAAAAAUAUGAACAAGAAUGUUCCAAAUUCAAGAAGUUGCCUGUCAUCCAUCAUGAUGAUUUCAGAUUAACAGAAAGUGUUGGCAUAUUGAGGUACAUUGCUAGAGAAUUUCCCAUUGAGGACCACUGGUACCCCAAAAAUAGUCAAAAGCAAGCACUAGUUGAUGAAUAUUUAGAAUGGCAUCAUUCAAAUAUAAGGCAGACUUGUCUUGAUUUUUUCAGGAACCAAUGGAUAAUUCCAUUACGUACUGGAAAAGAACCUUCAGCAGAAGAGUCAGCUAGGCAUAAAAAGAACAUGCUGAGGUCCUUGAAGGAUUUUGAAAGGCUAUUUCUUUCUGACAUGCCAUUUAUUCAUGGAAAUGAAAUAUCUUUCUCCGAUCUACAGGCUGCCUGUGAAAUAGAACAACCAAGGUUUGCUGGGUAUGACCCAAGAAGAGAUUUUCCAAAAAUCAAAGUAUGGAUUGAGAAUGUUAGACAAGAAUGCAAUCCUUACUAUGAUGAAGCACACCAAUAUCUGUAUGAUGAAGCUGAAAAAAGGAUCACUCAGUAGAGGAGAAAUAAUGAUGUAUGUAUUCAAUACACAGAACAACUUACUGGUUACAACAAUAUGAAAACUUGACAUAACUAUUAUUUUAUUUAUAGAAAAAAUACAAAAUGUUACAAAAGGUAUAGGUACAAGCAUCUAUAAAUAAAUUAUAUGUUUGUUAAGUACACAAAAAUCAAGUAGAAAUCACUUGAUAAUUGAUUAUCAUUCACAAUAUUUAUGACAUAGUAUUAUGCAUGUACAAAAGUCUUUAUUAUACUUUGAAUUCACUCUCCAACUAGUUCAGUGGUGAAAAUAAAUAAGGUUGUUCCAAAAUACCAGAACACCCUGUAUUCAAUGGAUGAUAAAAUAAAAUGUAAACUACCUAG